UCCUGUUGAUGCUGUUCUGACACGGAGCCAUGGCGCUGCUGAGAGCGGUUGUGUCCUCUGUGCUGCUCAGCCGGGUGCUGCUGGCGCUGGUGCUGGACCUCGACGACUCGUUUAAGGACAGCAGGAUGGAGGAUGUGUGGCUGGUGGAUUUCUACGCGCCGUGGUGUGGCUACUGUAAGAAGCUGGAGCCGGUGUGGGAGGAGGUCGGAGCUGAGCUGUCGCGCUCGGGCUCGCCGGUUCGAGUGGGGAAAAUGGACGCCACUGCAUAUUCAGGAAUGGCGUCAGAGUUCGGUGUUCGGGGAUAUCCCACAAUCAAACUGCUGAAGGGGGAUCUGGCU